AACAAAAGAAUACCCGAUCCACAUUGCUUGAAUAAAGCCAAUCCACCAACAUGCCGAAUAAUAAAAAACAUACGCUCAAGGCCAUCAAAAACCGAGAUGCUGCCCAUCCUUAUUCUCGCAAAGCUCAUCAGGUCGAACGAGCCUACGCACGCAAAGAAAAGUUGGCCCAAAAAUCAAAUGAGCGAGCAGCGAAUAAUCCCAAAGUGGAACGCUGGCUGUGGUUCCGUUUUGCUUUAGAUGAAGCGUUGCCGUGCGCCACCAAACCGCAGAUCCACGACCUUAUUGCAACCUAUUUGGAGCGUAACGACGAAGAAAUUGAGAGAUUGGAGAAAGAACGUCAAAUCGGCAAACGACCAAAAACGACUCGAGAGCAAUUACUGCUCGCUCUCAGAGACAGCGACAAUGCCGAGUACGUCUCAGGUUUUGAAUUACCCGAUUUGACCAAUGUGAAAAACGUAAAGGCAUUGCGUGAUUGGAACGGCGAUAAGAACGCCAUCACCAAGAUCCGUUCGAUGCGUCUGCAGAAGCCUUCGACAUCGGAUAUCAAAGAUAACGAGGUUUUGGCUGAUGUCAGCAAAGAAAAAGCCGCCCCAUCCGCAAACAAGAAGGUGGACAGCAAAAGCGAUACCAUGGACAUAGAGUAAAAAAAAAUUAGAAGUAUCAAAAGCAUAUCAUCGAAGCAUAUCUCCUGGUGCAUUGUAUCUCGACCCCUUUCUGCAUAACCAUCAUUGUUACACUCUCAUCAUUUUUCUCACUUAUAGUUCUAAUGAAGAUCAAGCUUUGAAAACUUAGACUUUUGGGAUAAUAAUAUCUCCGUUUCGGCGGACUGACCGAACCAUGGACCUAGUUGCACACUGAAGAAUAAAUUACCCGUUAUUCUUUUGUAUGGUCACAUGUGUUUACAGUCAUCACUCGAUUUAAGAACCACCCCGGGAGCCCCCAAAAGUGAUUAUAAAUCGAGAAUAUUCUUAAAUCAAUUAUUCCUAAAUCCAGUGUCGACAUGAACACCGCUCGGUGUGGGAUCAUCCUGGGGAAGCACAAAAAGAGAUGCCUAAAUCGAACUUGAUGUAGCAUACAACCUAUAAUAAAAGUGACGAUGGAAAAAUUC